AUGAAAUGUGAAAAAUGUGAUAUGAAUGUCCACAUCAAGUGCAAGGCAAUGGUCCCAGGUCUUUGUGGUGUUGACCAUACUGAACGCCGCGGCAGAAUCCAUCUGCAAGCGCAUCACAAAGGUGACCAUCUUGAAGUUAGAAUUUUGGGUGCCAAAAACUUGACCCCCAUGGAUCCAAACGGUCUGGCUGAUCCCUAUGUGAAGAUCAAACUCAAUCCUGCGGAUGACAAUCAGAAAGUCAAGUUUAAGACGAAGAUUAUUCGCUCCACGCUGAAUCCUUCCUGGAAUGAGGAGUUUCAGAUGUAG